AAUGGUGGUUACCCUUUUCUUUUUAGAAAUAAAAAGAAAUCUCUAUUCUCCACCGAAAAACAAAGACUCAAACUUUAGUUUAGUGGAAAAAGCCCCUUAUCGGAUUUGAACCGAUGACUUACGCCUUACCAUGGCGUUACUCUACCACUGAGUUAAAAGGGCUUGUUUUAUUCGAUUCAUGAAUUAUAGCCUUUUUCCAUUAUGAGUCUACUGCAUAAUAUAUGUACAUGAUAUAUACAUAUAUGCACAUAAUAUAUACAUAGUUCAUUUAGGAGCAAUCAAUUUGAUUUACCCCCCAAAAGUAAAAAGUGGGCAAAUUUUUUAUUUUUUUUUUUGAUAAAAAUAAUGCAGUGAAUUGUUUCAAGACCGACCCCGCUUGUUUACCUUUACUGACUCAUCAAAACAAGAUUCACUUGAUUGAUACAUGUACCAAUCUGACAUCGACAUAGAUUCGAUAGAUUUUCUUGAAUCAUGUGAUGAGGGUAUUCGUACCCUGAACCGAAUUCUUAUAAAAAAAUAAAAAAGAAAAAAGGAAAAUUUCUAUCGUUUUUUAAUUUUCUGACUUAAUGUGAGAUAGUGAUAGGCAUAUUUUAUCUGAACAAUGAACGAAGCAAUGAGUUAAGUUAAAAUUAAUGAGUUAAAAUUGAAGAAAAGAAAUUAAGUGGGGUUCUACCCCCUUUUCUGUUCUGUCGGACCAAUCACUGCCUGAACUGACGGAGUCCUGUACCUCCUUUCGCUAUAUAAAAUAGUAUGGGAUGGUUCAUUCAUGAACCAUCAAAUCCAAAACAAAAUUCUAUGGAAUCAUAACAUAAAAGUAGAAAAGAGUGUUCAGAUCUAGUCAUAUCAUUAGAUUAUAUUGACAAUUCCAAAAAACUACUCAUACUAUCAUCAUAGUAUGAUGACAGUUGGGCGGAUAUGCCCCUAUCGUCUAGUGGUUCAGGACAUCUCUCUUUCAAGGAGGCAGCGGGGAUUCGACUUCCCCUGGGGGUACUACGAAAGGAAGUUGAUCAUGGAUUAUCAAUAAGCCUAGAAGGAAUUCUUCCUGGGUCGAUGCCCGAGCGGUUAAUGGGGACGGACUGUAAAUUCGUUGGCGAUAUGUCUACGCUGGUUCAAAUCCAGCUCGGCCCAAAAAUUCGCCGCUCCAUGAAUAUGAUAUAACCAAUGAUAUAACCAAUUUGUCCCCCAGAAACAAAAAUACCUGAUCCGUAAAAGAGAAAGAGUCCAUUUUUGUUUCUCUAUCCAUGUUUUUCUCAUUCGUUCUGAUCUUUUCUUUCUAACGAUCUAGAUUCAUAAUACUUAAUCAAAGCAAAGAUUAUGAAAGGAAAAAUCGUUUUUUCUCAAUGAAAGGUUGAUUAUCUAUUUUUGGCAAUAAAAUAAAAUAAACACAGGUUACUAGUAAUCCGUGUCACUUUCACUAUAGUCCAUAUCUAUGUGUUCUAUGUGUAUAUGAUAUCAGUUAGUAUAUCAUUCGUGUCUCUGUUACAACGCGACGAAGAAAAUGUUUUUCUGAAACCAUUAAGAAUAUGUAUACCAUACACCUCGCUGGGAUUGUAGUUCAAUUGGUCAGAGCACCGCCCUGUCAAGGCGGAAGCUGCGGGUUCGAGCCCCGUCAGUCCCGAACUAGGAUCCGACCGAUGAAUGGAGAAAUGAAUUUAUCUAUUUUCCGUGAAAAAGGAGACAGGGGGCAAGAUCUAAUCCCCAGUGGAGAUCCUUAUUUCUUUUGUUUUUCAUUUCGCAUUUAUCAUCAGACAAAUACAGGAAUUUCCAUUUCUUCCACUAGUGCCGAGUGAUAAGGGAGAGACAUAACAUAUAUAGAUUCGUACAAUCGGUGGUAUUCCUAUAUUUAGUAUUUUAAGAGAUACUCGUCUGACUUUCUUUUUCGAUUUUCUUGAUAAAUGAAAUAGAAUAGAGUGCUCCUAUUUUUACCGAGAGUACAUACGCAAAUUGUAUUCGUUUAUUGUACAAUACAUAAUGAACUUAACAUAAUUACCUCGACAGAGUACUUGUCAGGUUAAACGACAACCCUUUUUAGCUUCGACUUUGUUUGUGUAUCCUCAAUGACUAAUUGGAAACAAUCUAUCUCAUUCUCAUUUAAAUUGCACACUGAAUUUUUGAUGUAUGCCUUCCAGUCCCAAUCGAAGAAAGAGAUACUAAUCAAAUAAAAGAAAAGACCAAGCAACGUUCCUUUUUAUUAAAUUUGUUGGAAUUAUAUUAGAUCUUUUAUACUUAACCCGUCCUUUUUCCAUCUCACUUCUACUCUUUGGAUCUGUGUGUGAUUCAUAGAAUACCAGUCAUAUAAUACCUCAUAAUUGUAUGUACAUAAUUGUAUGUAUAAGUAUAACGAAGGAGGAGUAUAUAAGGAAGACGGUAGGGUUAUUUAUAGAAAAGAAAAAGUGGAAAAGGAUGAAAAUUCAAUGGGAUUCUUUAUUGGAUCAGGAAUCCCAUUUCAGAUUUAGUAUGGAUAAAGGAUCUUCCUAUGUUAUACUAUUCAAUUCUCGACGAUGAAUCGAUUUGAUAGAUCAGAUAUUGUUAUUCAUAAUAUUGAUCCGAUUCAGUAUCAUCAGGAUGCAAUUCAUCCCAUUGAAUUUACAGGAAUCAAAUUUCUCAUCUCUAUGGGAUUAGAUCCCGAGUUAUUGCGAAGUAAAAAAACAAUGAGAUUAUGGAAGUAAAUAUUCUCGCAUUUAUUGCUACUGCACUGUUCAUUCUAGUUCCUACUGCCUUUUUACUUAUCAUCUACGUAAAAACAGUCAGUCAAAAUGAUUAAUUUGACUGAAACUUGAUUUAUUAGUUCUUAUCAAUGAUUGAAUAAAUGAAAGAAACGGAUUCAAACUCCAAGUCUUAAAUGAAAUGAUCUGUCUGGAAUCAUAAGUAUCUGAGAUAAUAAGUAUCUGAGAUAGUAGUAUCUGAGCCGAGAUAGUAUGGUAUAGUAUUUAUUAUCCUAUUAAUGAUUUUCAUAGAAAGUUGUACUGUAUACAGAUAUAGGCUUUUAUAUAGAGAAAGCCUAUAUCUAGGUCAAUAUACAAUAUGUAUGUACAUAGAUUAGAUGUAUAUCUAAAUAGUACAUCAAAAUAACAGUCCAAUUCUAUUAUUUUUUUGGCUACAUUUACUUGUGUGGAUUUCGAUCAAUUCAAAAUAAUUGAAGACCAACUCUUCUAAUUCCUGGCUUUCUUAGAAUUUAUAUAUAUAUAGGUAUAGGUCCCGAGAUCUAUCAAAGGAAUCAAUGGAGCAAGACAAAAAGAGUAUGGGCAUAUUCUACUAUAAAUUAAAUAAAAAAAAAGAUAAAAGAAAACGAAACCAAAGAAAAGAAUCUUUUUCUUUUUUUAGAUUUCCCAUCUCAAGAAGUCAUUGCUUGAUCUAUUAACAGAUGAUCUGCGGAGUUCUAUUCCAUGAUAACUUCUUCAGAUUUGAAAAAGAAGUAGAUUAAUAGAGUAGACCUUCCCAAUUUUUUAUGCUUAAACAUGACAUGAGAUGAGUCAAAAAAAGCAUAAAAAAAUCUCUAGGAGUCUAAAAAAAAGGUGAAAUGCGCGAUAUGUGGAUCGCUCAACGGAAGAAAGAUCUAAUCUUAUUAUGUGUAGAACCUCUUUGGACAACAACUAGUCAUUUCCAAUAGAAAGUAUGUAUUGUCGUAAUCUAAUAUAAUUAGAAUAGCGGAACGGCUUUCUCUUCUCUUAGAACAGUAAAAGUAAAGAAAGAGGGAAACAAAUAAAGAAAAAAAGAAAAAACCAAUUUCAGAUUUUUUCUUUUUGUAAUAUCCAUAAUUCUGGUAAGAGCUGGUUUAUCAAAAUAGAAUAUUUAGGAAGAAUUCGGUUGGAAAAAAUUUCCUAUCAUGCGUAGAUUUAGGUUUCGAAAUACAACUAUAGUAAUCAUUCAUUCUUUGAUCGAAUGGUUAUUAUUCAUUAUUGUAUUUUCUUAUUCAUUACUGUAUUUCAGUAUAAUUUUGAAACAGAGACAUUCUUUUUUUAAAGCUUUGCAAAACGAUCAAUUAAACAAUUGAUAGAAUUCAAUUACUCAAUCGAUUACUCGAUUAGUAGUACCCCUAGAGUCCACUCCUUCCCCAUACUACGAGUGAGAGGGAAAAUGUAAAGACUACCAUUAAAGCAGCCCAAGCGAGACUUACUAUAUCCAUAUAAAUUAUGUCUCCUAUCUCUAUGAAGGAAUUAUUCCAUUAUUGAUCAAUAAUCAUAGUGGAAUCAAUGGCGCAGAGUCAAAAUGGAAUUCUGACUUAACUUAAGGCUAUUGAUGAACCAAUCCAAUGAAUCUACUCGUAACAAGAUUAUAAGAUUUCUGGUAGAAUCGGGAAGCAUUAAGCAUAAAUACAAUACACACACCUUUUCUCGGAAAAUGAAAUAACAAAGGAAUACUCCUAUCCCAAUGGAACAUGUAGGAGUACUAAGACCUAUUGUUUGUUACCCUUUUUCAUAAGCAAAAGACAUCAAAAUAUACCAUCAAGAUAGAUAACUAUCUAUCAGAUACCUCUAUUUCCUAUUUGAUCUAAGCCUUACUGUUUUUUUUGUGAAAGAAUGGGGAGACACCAUCACCAGUAUUACAUACAUUCUUUCUUUUUUUCGUAAUCCCCCUAUCUUACACGGGCAAAGAAAUUCCUACACGGGCAAAGAAAUUUUUUUGUUUCUUCAACUUUUACUUUUACUCUUUACUCAAUAAGAGCCGACCAACUAUCCUGAUUGAAUGUUUGAGUACUCAGAGACUCUCGUGAGUCUGGAUACAAAGUAUCUUCAGUCCUUUCCACAACUUCUAAAUUGAUUUCCCAUCAGCCUAUCCAAUCGAAUUCCAGACAGAGUCAGUAGACACAACGGUGGUAGUGUAAAAUAAUUAGGAAUUCUUGAUAGUCUUUCGUACAAUCUCUUCUUCAAUCCUAGUAGCAAAAAUGGAGUGUCCUUUAGGAACCUUUGGAUACCAAGAUUUCCGACCUCUUACUUUCGUAGUUUUGAAUCCCAGAAUUUACUUUCACUAUUUAUUUAUUCUACUUAUAAAAUAAAUGUCCGAACCAAUCAUAAUCAUAUUAAAAUCAUAAUCAUAUUAAUAAGUAAGGCUUACUUCAUCCCUAUUUGUACCGGUUUGGGCCACACCCAAAGCCCGGAUUUUUAGAAAAAAAUUGACUUUCUUUAAAAAAAUUGACUUUCUUUAUAGAACUACAGAUUCUAAAAAUAAAGUAUCGAUAGGCUUAUCCUUUUGCCUCUCCUUCUCCGGGGACAGAAUUCGUCGAGUUAAAUCAGCAGAAUAAGAAAUCCCAAGUUUUUUGUUGAUCAGGCGACACCCAGAUUUGAACUGGGGAUAAAGGAUUUGCAGUCCCCCGCCUUACCACUUGGCCAUGUCGCCAAACCAAAUUCGAUCCAAAUAAGAUAAAAAAUAGAUUUCUGGUCAAAGACUGAAAAAUUCAGGGCAAAUUGGAACCAUUAACUAUUUGUUUUGUUGUUUUGAAUUAGCGAAAGGUUCUUCAAUUUGUAUCUCAAAUUGUUGCGUUUCCUUAAUGGCAUAACAAAAUCAAAUUGAUUUAUGACUAAUUCAGUAUCAAUUAUUUUCAAUAAUCAAUCUUUUUCAAUUUCAAUUAUAACAAUAUAAAUUAUAACAAUAUAUAUGUGUAUAUGUAAACCUCAAAACAGAAAUUGUUACACAGAUACCGCUCUUAUGUACAUAUCCCAUAUCCCUAUAGAGAAUCGUCGUGCCUUCUUUUUUCAUUUUCUAUAUGCAAUAGAAAAAAUAGGAAUUAUGAUAUAGUGCGACCUGACUUCUGUUGCCACAAGUGAAAUUACGAUAAAAGAUGUGAUAUGCGGACAGGUAGAUAGCUAUAUUGGCAUGCACUUAAUAAAUAUUACUCCUAUUACGCAAUUCAAUCAUAUUCUAUAUAUUCUACUAGCAAAAAAAUAAUUCGAAAUUUUUUUUGAACAUGAAAUGAAACUCAAAUAAAAUUAAGUAUGCUAAAAAGGGAAACUCUAUAUUGUUCCUGUUGUACCUGUCGCAAAUUCGAACUUGCGUCGAAAAUGCUCUUCAUUCCUCUGUCUCAUUUCCGUUCAUACGUAUGAAAUACAUAUAUGGUAUAUGGAGUUGGCUAAAAUUUCAUGUGAUUCAGUAAACAGAAUAUACAUUCCAUCAUUGCUAGAUCGAUCCGUAUGGUUCGAUAAAUAGUGAGCUAAUAAUGGGAUUUUUCAAUAAACAGGAAACUUAAGAUUAAGAUGCUCCGGAAUGAUGGAAAUGAGGGAAUGUCCACAAUACCUGGAUUUAGUCAGAUCCAAUUUGAGGGAUUUUGUAGGUUCAUUAAUGAGGGCUUGACGGAAGAAUUUCAUAAGUUUCCAAAAAUUGAAGAUACAGAUCAAGAAAUUGAAUUUAAAUUAUUUGUGGAAAGAUAUCAAUUGGUAGAACCCUUGAUAAACGAAAGAGAUGCUGUGUAUGAAUCACUCACAUAUUCUUCUGAAUUAUAUGUACCCGCGGGAUUAAUUUGGAAAACCGGUAGAGAUAUGCAAGAACAAACCGUUUUUAUUGGAAACAUUCCCCUAAUGAAUUCCCUGGGAACCUUUAUAGUAAAUGGAAUAUACAGAAUUGUGAUCAAUCAAAUAUUGCAAAGUCCUGGUAUUUACUACCGUUCAGAAUUGGACCAUAACGGAAUUUCUGUCUAUACCAGCACAAUAAUAUCAGAUUGGGGAGGAAGAUCGGAAUUAGAAAUUGAUAGAAAAGCAAGGAUAUGGGCCCGUGUAAGUAGGAAACAAAAAAUAUCUAUUCUAAUUCUAUCAUCAGCUAUGGGUUCGAAUCUAAGAGAAAUUCUAGAUAAUGUUUGUUACCCUGAAAUUUUCUUGUCUUUCCCGAAUGAUAAGGAGAAAAAAAAGAUUGGGUCAAAAGAAAAUGCUAUUUUGGAAUUUUAUCAACAAUUUGCUUGUGUAGGCGGGGAUCCGGUAUUUUCUGAGUCUUUAUGUAAAGAAUUACAAAAGAAAUUUUUUCAACAAAGAUGUGAAUUAGGAAGGAUUGGUCGACGAAAUAUGAACCGGAGACUGAAUCUUGAUAUACCUCAGAACAAUACAUUUUUAUUACCACGAGAUGUAUUGGCUGCUGCGGAUCAUUUGAUCGGAAUUAAAUUUGGAAUGGGUACACUUGACGAUAUGAAUCACUUGAAAAAUAAACGGAUUCGUUCUAUAGCGGAUCUGUUACAGGAUCAAUUCGGACUGGCUCUUGUUCGUUUAGAAAAUGCGGUUCGAGGAACUAUAUGUGGAGCAAUUCGGCAUAAAUUGAUACCGACUCCUCAAAAUUUGGUAACUUCAACUUCAUUAACAACCACUUAUGAAUCGUUUUUUGGCCUACAUCCUUUAUCUCAAGUUUUGGAUCGAACUAAUCCAUUGACACAAAUCGUUCAUGGGCGAAAAUUGAGUUAUUUGGGUCCUGGAGGAUUGACGGGGCGAACUGCUAGUUUUCGGAUACGAGAUAUUCAUCCUAGCCACUAUGGACGUAUUUGUCCAAUUGACACGUCCGAAGGAAUCAAUGUUGGACUUAUUG